AUGGAAACACGGUCUCUGCUUAAGGUUGGGCAAGCAUCUUCCAUUACGCGUCUCCUCUUUUUCAUGCAAUUUGCGAACGUUGCGUGGGACUUUGGAUAUAUUACCGGCAUGACCAUGACCCCCAGAGGUACCAUUGAUUAUCCUGGGACCUUGGGAACACAAGCCACCUGUACGCUCCAAGGAAUGGCUUUGUACUUUGGUUCCAUUGCUGUUGCCUUGUAUGACAUUGUGGUUUCCAUUUUCUAUGUGCUCUUGGUCAGGUUUUCGUGGCCACCCUCCAAACUGGAACGAUAUGAAAAGGUUCCCAUUUUGAUCUGGCCCAUUAGUCUCGCCAUUGCCUUGAUUCCUAUCUUUCAAAAGACAUACAACUUCAAUUGGGGCGUUUGCCUUGUACAGACGGUUCCGUUUGGAUGCAGCGACCAAGAAGGGACUUGCAUCCGGGGGCUCCCAACAGGAUUUCGUGACGAUGCGGCUUGUCGUCAACUCCAUCAUCUGGGUUGCGAUUGGCUCGUCUAUUAUUGGAAUGGGUAUCAUUGUUCGCUACAUGAUGCUCCUCGAAAAGAACAACUUGCUCUAUGA